AUGUGGGGCGCCCGCUGGUUUGUGCCUUGGAUCUGCUUGCCACACGUGUACAACUACCACAAAGCUCCACCGGAAGACGCAGCCCUAGUAAUUGGUGUAGACGAGGAAGAACUGAGUAAUGGGACUGUUAAGGCUUGUUCUUCCCCUAAUGCAUGGUCCAUCUUCAGAGAAGGAACGAAGUCAUGCAUCGAGGAUUCUUGGGACGUUUGUUCUCAAAGGGCAAAUAAACGUCUCAGGAUGGUCUUCGUCUCCAAAAUAAAUGGUUUUCAAAGGGCAAAUAUACGUCUCAGGAUGGUCUUCGUCUCCAAAAUGUUGGAUAUUUAUAAGGGUGACUCACCUCAUCUAAGAGUGGUAGUGGAACGGCGGGGAGAAAUUCACCAGUUGAUGUCUCUGAUGACGGAGGAGCUGUAGCUGGGCUCUCUUCAUCGGGAAGAGCAGUAGGAGGUCCCGUAGGCGUCAGUUCUUCAUCACCGACAGUAGUGGGAGCAGUCAGUUCUACUUCAUCACUGACGCCACCAGACGACCGGAACUUCAACGACGAAGAGCACAGCUCCUCUUCUCCGAGUGCGAGAUUUUUGCGCAGCUUGGCACAUGACGAGAAUCACCAGACUUCCUCCACCUCUCAGCAGAACAAGGAUCACGUCGGGAUAAACAUCCCUCCCGAUGAAGAGGACGAACCCACUGCCACGGACCAGCAAAACCAAAAUAGCAAGUCCUUGAGAACGAAAGCCACUUCAAGUCGGAACCCGGCAAAAAACAUGGUUUCAAAUAUCCUCGGUAGAACAGGGUUCUUGUCAUCGUCGUCAAGAACUUUGAGUCGGUAUGUAGAGCUUGCGACGUCAACAGGUGCAGGUUUUGCUGGUGGGUCUUCAUCGUCGGGGUCAACUAUGAAUCCAACUUCAACAGCUAACGUACUAUCACAAUCCAGCGGUUCAUCUUUAGGUCAAGAACAAGUAGGUGGAGCCACCUCAACAUCUUCUGGCAGUACAAGGUCUAGACCAACAAGACCUCCUGCACCACCUUCGUCCCAACCGUCUAGCAUUCCACAAUCUCACGCACAGCAAGGCUCCGGCAUUCUUGAAACACCACCCCCAGCACCUUCAAGAUGUAGAACCCAACAGGACACCAGAACCGACGCUCCAGACAUCAUUUGCUCUCCUACCAGUCCCCCAACAGGAGGCGGCUCUUCAACUUCCUCAACAUCACGUCUAAACCCUCUGUCUAAGCAACCUCCAACUGCCCAGACAAGACGGCCAAGACGACAACUCCAGCGCUAUGACUGUGUCAUCUGCAUGAGUGAAUUGGACUGGCGAGAGCCGGUAAAACCUGUGUGUGCACCUUGUAAUCACUGGUUUCAUUACCACUGUCUGGAGCAAUGGAUGCAGGUGAAAAUGGAAUGCCCCACAUGCAGAAAUAAAUUGCCACCUUUGGAAAUAUGAACUAUACAUGCAAUCAAUUACAAUUAGAUCUUCAUCAACCUCUUGCCAGGCACAUCAAUCAAUCGAACGACCUGGCCUUUCUGAAGUGACUUCCCUUUACCCACUACAAAUUGACGCUCCACCCGCUUCUUGAUGGGUCAACAUAAUUCUAAACUACAUCGUGCGAUUUGCAUUUGGUCAU